AUGUCGGAAUCUGACCUUAAGCUCCGGUCGUCAUCAUCAGUCAGCAUUGAAGACGCGAAGUCCGCUCAUCACCAGUCACAUUUGAAGCUAGCGAAGUGGAUGAACAAAGCUGAUCAACUGCUGCAGAAGCCAGAGCAUACUCUUGUCAAUGUCAGCUCGCCCAGCUUUGCACACCAUUUGUCAUUAGUCACGCAUGACAAGCGUGCAGAGGAGCUGGGUCGCGGCGGUCUACUCAAUCUUUUCGCUGCACAACAGCUAAAGGCACGACAGGCCGUUUCCGACGACGAGCUGGCUUUGGAUCUAACUGAUCACACUGAGGGUCCAUUUUGCCCCCCACCACCGCGCUGUCCCAGUCCACAAAGCCGGUACCGAAACAUAGGCGGCGAAUGCAACAACCCUGCCUUUUCCACAUGGGGCGCUGUCAACACCGGGUUUGAAAGGCUCCUACCUCCUGAUUACAGUGAUGGUAUAUGGGCUAUAAAAGCUUCCACCUCAGGGCUCCCACUGCCGUCGCCCCGUUGGAUCAGUAACUCUUUGAUUCUGGAGGGCAACUUCCCCAGCAUCUCCCACAGCCUCAUGUUCAUGCAGUUUGGACAGUUUAUCGCCCACGAUAUUAGCGCAGGCGUGGUUUUUACUAUUGGCAACGGCAGCGCAAUAUCCUGCUGCUCUAACGAAGGCGAAGGGUUCCUCCCUCCAGAGCUGCAGCAUUGGGCUUGUGCACCCAUCUCAGCAGACCCUAAAGACGCUUUUUAUGGACAGUUUGGACACAAGUGCCUCAACUUUGUUAGAACUCAAAUUGCGCCUGCCAGUGAUUGCUCAGUUGGAUAUGCCAAACAGAUGAACGGUGCUACCCAUUUCCCGGAUCUCUCCCACCUAUACGGCAGCACUGAAGAAAAGUCAAAGGCAUUAAGAGCUCCAGGAGGCUUGCUGAAAGCCUUCAAUGAUUAUGGAAGAGAACUGCCUCCGCUGACGUCAAGAGAGGAGUGUCUUGCUGUGAAGGAAGGAGCUGCUUGUUUUGAUUCUGGAGACAACCACGGCAACCAAAUCAUCUCACUAACAGUCCUGCAUACACUGUGGACUCGAGAACACAACCGCAUUGCACGCGCUUUGGCUCGAAUCAAUCCAAAUUGGAACGAAGAGACUGUCUUCUGGGAGGCCAGAAGGAUAGUACAGGCAGAGUUCCAGCACAUUAUUUACAAUGAAUGGCUACCAUUAUUAUUGGGUCCCCGACUAAUCCAGCUGUUUACCCUGGCUCCAUCUCUCGGUUACUCUACGGCGUAUGAUCCUCACGUUAACCCAUCGCUCACUGCAGAGUUCUCCACAGCCGCCAUGCGAUUCGGACAUUCCCUUGUCGAUGGGAAGAUCACGGUUCCCAAUGCAAAGACAGGUGACGUAUACGAGACUAUAUCCAUUCCCGAAGUGAUGUUCCAGCCGUCGAGGUUACGGCUGAGACAUUUCCUGGACCGUAUACUCACUGGGUUGGCUUGGCAGCCUAUGCAGAGCGUUGAUCCCUUUGUUACAGAAGGACUAACCCGUUACUUGUUUCACGGCGGCAACCCGUUCGGUAUAGACUUGGCCUCAAUUAACAUACAGCGCAGCCGGGAUUGGGGUGUUCGCUCGUAUAACGAAUACCGUCGACUCAGUGGUGUGCAGCCUUACUUGGACUUUGAACAAUUUAGCCCAAAUACAGCCCAACGACUCGCCAAUGUCUACUCCACACCAGAAGACAUAGACCUCUGGGUGGGUGGUUUGCUAGAGGAACCAAUAGAAGGCGGUGUGGUGGGGAUUACAUUCGCGCAGAUCAUCGCUGACCAGUUCUCUAGGUUGAAAAGGGGUGAUCGUUAUUUCUAUGAAUAUGGACCUAAUGUCAAUCCUGGAGCUUUCACCCCGAGUCAACUGGAAGAAAUAAAGAAGGUGUCAUUAUCACGUAUUGUGUGCGACAACAGGGAUGGCAUUGAGUUAUUUGCACAACCGCCUAACGCCUUCCUCAGAGCUGACCUUCCGGAGAAUAAACCCGUGCCCUGCGACAGCGCUGCCAUACCGGGAAUGGAUCUUAAUAGAUUUAAAAUUCUUUAACUUUUAAUAACUUUGGUUUCUAGCUUCAAAUAAUGUAACAAAAAUAUCAAAUUGCUCUAUAAUAGAAAAUAAUUCCAUGUUAUACCGUAAUUCUCAACUUAGUACAGAAAGAAAUUGCGCAGUUUAAGAUUUUGAUUGUUUGGAUGGAACGUUUUCAAACAUUCUUUAAGCUUAUCCGCUGUCAAAAGGAAACAGUAUUGAAUGUAUUUUUGAAUAGCAAAUUUAGGUUAAAAUUCUAUAGCAUUCAUUUUUGUUUACUUCUUCUCUCUCUCAAUUCUGCUCUUCUCUAUUUUUUAAGCGUUGGCUUCUCGUACAUACUUGCUUUUAAUAUUAAUAUAUUACAUUAGGUUGAUUUUUUACAACAGCGAUCUAUUUCGUAAUGGUUUUUUCUGAUUUUGCAUGUUUUGUAACCUAUUGUACAAAAAUU